AUUUCUUCUUUUAAUGAAUAUGCUAUUUUAACUACAGACCUUACAUUUUUUUAGACCAAUGGCAAUGACUGGCCUUUGAUUAAUAUAAACCAAAGCCAAGCCAUAUGUGAUCUGUGAGAAGAGCCACAUGUCAAUUUUUAAAUUUAAAAACCAUAUUAUAAAAAUUAUUAUUAUUAAUGGAAAACAGUGCAUUAAUAUAUGUUCUCAUUCAUUUCACUGUGCUUAAAUAAGAUGUACCAUGUCUAAAUAUUAAAAUGAAUAAUGAAUUAUCAAAUGUAAAUAUUAUGAUUUAUGUGGUAAUGUGCAUAGAAAAAUUAAUGUGGUUCCAGUUUUGCCAUUUGCUUGGAGCGAUUAUAUACGUAAUGAGUUCGAGUUCCUGAUAGGAGUGAUAGGUUAGAUUGUGUCUAAAGAUAUGAAGGUUUCACAUGGCAAGAUAAUUACUACCUUUGAAAGAUAUUUUUCUCACGCAGUUAAAGUACUAGAGAGUAACAUGUCUGCUAAAAAUUAUCAGGGAGCAAUAGAAGCUUUAAAUGCCGUACAAACUAAUAAACAGUAUUUAACAAAUGCUGCAAAAAGACCUAAAAGUGAAACGAAUAUAUCAGAAGUUACAAAAUUUAUAAAAAGAACUGGCUUGACAUUAGAAGAUUUGGAUAAACUUUCUGUUAUCCACGUAACUGGCACAAAUGGUAAAGGUACAACCUGUGCUUAUAGUGAACAAAUUUUAAGAAACCAUGGAUAUACAACAGGGUUCUUUUCCUCACCACAUUUAUUGGAUGUUAGGGAAAGGAUACGGUUGAAUGGCAAACCAAUUUCUAAGGCGGAAUUUAGUAACUACUUUUGGAAAAUAUAUGAAUCACUCAACAGCCAGAAGGAACAUGACGAAGACAUGCCUCUUUAUUUUCGAUUUCUGACUAUUAUGGCUUUUUAUAUUUUCUUGGAUAAUAAAGUUGAUGUAGCUAUUUUAGAAGUUGGAAUUGGUGGUGAAUAUGACUGCACGAAUGUUAUAAGGAAUACAAAAGUGGCGGGGAUAACACCUUUAGAUAUGGAUCAUACUGCAUUGUUAGGCAACUCAUUAGAAUCCAUAGCCUGGAAUAAAAGUGGUAUUAUGAAAGAAGGUUGUGCAGCAUUUACUACAAAUCAAUCACCAAAUGUUUUAAAGGUUUUUCAAGAACGCAGUAUUGAGAAAAAAUGUACACUUCAAGUCGUAGAUAACGUUUUUGGAGAAAAUAAUGCCAAUGUACCAAUUAAUGUUACAAAAACAAAUGCUAGUCUAGCUUUGGCAUUAACUGAAGCUUUUAUGAAAAAAGAUACAAAUAACAAUUUCAAAAAAUUCGACCUUGCUUUAGCAAAAAAAUCAAUUCAAGAAGCACAGUGGCCUGGAAGAUAUGAAAUAAAACAAUACAAUAAUCUUACAUUUUAUUUAGAUGGAGCGCAUACUUUAGAUAGUUGUCGGGUCUGUCGAGAUUGGUACUUAUCCCAUACAGAAAAAAGCAGUAAGAAAAAAUGCUUAAUAUUUAAUUUGACAGGAGAGAGAGAUCCUUGCAUAUUUUUUAAUGAAUUAGAGAAAUGUGGAUUCGACAUAAUAAUGUUCAUUCCAAAUGUUGGUGGUCUUAAUGAUAAAGCAGAUACAGCUGACCUUAAAUUUCCAGAGGACAAGCAAUUACUAAAAUGCCAGGAAAAUAAAAUGAAAUGGUUAGAGAUGAAAAAAUCUUCUAAUUAUCACGAAGAGAAUGUCGAAGUAUUUGCGUCCUUUUCGAAUGCGUUAGAUUUUUUAAAAAAGUCUGGUGAAUACGAUACUUUAGUCACAGGGUCUAUACUUUUAAUAGGUGCUGCCUUGUCGGUUUUAGAUCCAACUUUAAAUGGAGCAUUAGAUGAUUAAAGUGUUUUUUUCUUAUUGAUUUAUUGUUUAUCCCAAAAAAACUUUUAUCCAUGUUUUUAUACAUUUUUUUAUAUUUUUUAGUUUCUUUGCAUCUUUUGUUAAAAAUUCUUUUUGGAACUGUGAUAAAACCUAAAAUUUAAAAAAAUUGAUGUUAUUGUUGGAAAUAUUUCUGUAUUAAUUAUUAAAUUGUUUUAAGGUGUUACUUAGAUUUAUAAUAAAUGUUUUUACAGCAAAUCAAUAAAAUCCGUAUUCACACAUAUACAUACUGGGUUUUUUAUUGGGAAAUGUUCUUAUGUUAUAAGGGAAAAGGGUAGACAUUGCCACCAAGAUGGUUCUAAAUAAACCCAUAUUUAAUAGGAAU